AAGGAGUUUCAACUGGGGAAAAAGAAAUUGCUACAGUUCUAGGAAAAUUUCGCACUUACCCGGUGAAGCUGUCUUCCCGCGUUGUUGUUAUUUAAGGCUGUCUCUACUACCUUUUCCACUGUGACACAAAACAACAGAACCCCCCAUUUAUCUGUGGCCAACUUUGCAGAUUCAAUGGAAAAGGCAGUCUUGCUCCAUGUGAUUUUUGGAGUUUUGGCUGUUUUGGGUGUUUCUCUGGUGGAAGCAGACGACCCAUAUAGGUACUAUACCUGGACGGUGACUUAUGGAACUCUUUAUCCUCUGGGUGUUCCCCAACAGGUAAUCCUUAUCAACGGCCAGUUUCCUGGUCCUAGACUCGAUGUGGUGACUAAUGACAAUAUCAUUCUCAACCUCAUCAACAAGUUGGACCAGCCAUUUCUGCUGACAUGGAAUGGAAUUAAACAGAGGAAGAACUCAUGGCAAGAUGGAGUAUUGGGUACCAACUGUCCUAUCCCUCCAAACUCUAACUACACUUACAAGUUUCAAACUAAGGAUCAGAUUGGGUCGUUCACAUAUUUCCCAUCAACUUUACUGCACAAAGCUGCUGGAGGGUUUGGAGGACUUAAUGUGUAUGAGAGACCUCAGAUUCCAAUCCCUUUUCCAAAUCCUGAUGGAGAUUUCACUUUGCUUAUUGGUGAUUGGUAUAAAAUCAACCAUAAGACAUUGCAGCAAAAUUUGGACACGGGAAAAUCUCUCCCCUUUCCUGAUGGGGUCCUUAUAAAUGGCCAGGGUCAGAAUACCUUCAGCGGUGAUCAAGGCAAAACCUAUAUGUUCAGGAUCUCAAAUGUGGGCUUGUCAACCUCAUUGAACUUCAGGAUUCAAGGCCAUAAAUUGAAGUUGGUUGAGGUUGAAGGAUCUCAUACUGUUCAAAACAUUUAUGACUCUCUUGAUGUACAUGUUGGUCAAUCUGUGGCUGUCUUAGUAAUCUUAGAUCAGGCUCCAAAGGACUACUACAUCGUCGCAUCUACACGAUUUACUAAGAGUGUUCUUACAGCAACUGCAGUUUUACACUACACAAACUCUCACACCCCUGUCUCUGGACCCUUGCCCACUGGUCCUACUUACCAAAUACAUUGGUCUAUGCAGCAAGCCAGAACCUUCAGGUGGAAUUUGACAGCAAGUGCAGCGAGGCCGAAUCCUCAGGGCUCGUACCAUUACGGGAAGAUAACGCCAACAAAGACAAUUGUGUUGGCCAAUUCAGCACCUUUAAUAAAUGGAAUGAAGCGUUAUGCUGUUAACAGGGUCUCCUACAUUAAUCCUGACACCCCUCUGAAACUUGCUGAUUAUUUCAACAUCCCUGGAAUCUUCAGUGUAGAUACCAUCCAGUCGCUUCCCUCUAGUGGUCCUCCAUCCAUAGCUACCUCUGUUGUGCCAGCAUCCCUCCAUGAUUUUCUUGAAGUUGUUUUCCAAAACAAUGAAAACACCAUUCAAUCUUGGCACCUUGAUGGUUAUGAUUUCUGGGUUGUUGGUUUCGGUUCCGGACAGUGGACACCAGCCAAUAGAAAAACCUAUAAUCUCGUUGAUGCUUCGACUAGACAUACUGCUCAGGUGUAUCCAAACUCUUGGACAACUAUAUUGGUCUCCUUGGACAACCAAGGUAUGUGGAACAUGAGGUCUGCAAUAUGGGAAAGGCAGUACCUUGGGCAACAAUUCUAUCUCAGGGUCUGGACUCCGGUUCACAGCUUUGCCAAUGAAUAUGACAUUCCUUCUAAUGCUUUACGCUGUGGCAAAGCCGUUGGACACCAGUAGUCGUAGGACAUAUUUUAUUUAUUUCAAUUUUCUUCUACCAGUCAUGAGGGUUUGACUGCAACACAAGACAUUGAGGGGGGGAGAAAAUAGCUAGAGUUUACUUUUAUGUUUGUCUCAUAAACUUCUUAAUUUGCUUGUAUGAUUAUGUGUUAAUUCUAAAAGUUUGGAUACAUUUUAUUCUGAAA